GCAUUCUCUAGACAGUCGAAGUUGUCCCCCUCGCAACUUGAUGAACUUCAAAAAGCGACCCAUUUCGACAAGAAGGACGAUGCUGACGAUCUUUCUCCACGCAGGGUUCCUGAAGGACUGCCCCUCCGGCACCCUUACGAAGGAGGAAUUCCAAAAGAUCUACCGGCAGUUCUUCCCCUUUGGCGACCCGUCCUCUUUUGCGAACUACGUUUUCAGAGUAUUUGAUUCCGAUAAUAGCGGCAUGAUCGACUUUAAAGAGUUCAUCUGCGCCCUAUCGGUGACCUCCCGCGGCAGAAUGGAAGACAAAUUAGACUGGGCUUUCCAGCUGUACGAUAUCGAUGGCGACGGGAAGAUCAGCUACGAUGAAAUGCUCGCGAUAGUCGAGGCUAUAUAUAAAAUGGUUGGGUCAAUGGUAAAGCUCCCGGAAGAUGAAGAUACCCCUGAAAAGCGCGUCAAGAAGAUCUUCCGGAUGAUGGAUAAGGAUGAGAACGGAAGCCUGGACAUCGCCGAAUUCAAGGAGGGCAGUAAGCGGGACGAGACCAUUGUCAGCGCCCUAUCGCUUUACGAUGGCCUUGUUUAG